GCCACGUCUUUGGUAAUCGCGGUCAUAUGAUGUACCAUUGUCGACGUCAUGUAUUAAGUUGUCAGCUGUUUGCGCCAGCGGUCGUAGACUAACGCAUAAUAGAUAAAGAUGCAAACGAGAUCCAAAAAGAGAGUUGUUUUAGAAUGUAGUAUGCAUAAAGCAAAAGCCCGCGGAGUCAUAACCUGUGGUGCAAGCACCCUACGUCAAGGCGAGUAAUGACACGCUGCUACGUCAUCACUGGUGCUUUGGCGUAGGACUUGGGUGUGGACGCGGCUUUAGAGUUAGACCACGUAACAUAACCUUCAAAUACAAACAAAUAGUAAACAAAACAAAUUUAUCCCAGAAAAAGUUUAAUUUGCGAAAAAGUUCUUAAUUUUUAGUGUAUUUAAUUAGUGAAUACCUUUGAUUCAAAUACUUGUUAUCUGUGUUUUUUCUACUUAUAAUGUUUUUUUGUAUUUUCGCGUUUUGCAACUAAUUUUUUACUUUAUUUAUUUUCUUUGUAUUUGAUGUAUGUACAAUAAAUCAAAUAAGAAUGGAUAUUCAAACACAAUCAGCCUUGUUAAGUAAAAACGCAGAAACCGAAGGAUUCGACCUGGGAACUGGCCAGUCAUGGAUUUACCCUACAAAUUACCCUACGCGAGAAUAUCAAUACAACAUAAUCGAAAAGGCCUUACUGGAAAAUACAUUGGUGAGCUUACCCACAGGGCUGGGCAAAACUUUCAUAGCAGCAGUGGUAAUGUACAACUUUUUCCGUUGGUAUCCUCAAGGAAAAAUUAUUUUCAUGGCACCUACAAAACCUCUAGUCAAACAACAAGUAGAAGCAUGUUAUAAUAUUAUGGCUAUACCCCAUGAAGUCACCACAGAGUUAACAGGAGCACAAAUCUCAUCUUCCAGAUCCAACAUUUGGAUGGACAAAAGGAUAUUUUUCGUUACCCCGCAGGUUCUGCAAAACGAUUUGGAGAAAGUUGCUCAACUGGGCCCCAAAAUCAAAUGUUUGGUAUUCGAUGAGGCCCAUAAAGCACGUGGAAAUCACGCUUAUUGUCAAGUAAUCCGCAAAUUGCUUUCGAAUAAUCAUAAAAAUUUUCGUGUACUUGCUCUAAGUGCUACGCCUGGCUCUAGAGUCAAUGAUGUAUCCGAGGUUAUACACAAUUUACUAAUAUCUCAUUUAGAGUUUAGGACUGAGGAAAGUGUAGAUGUUAAACCAUAUGUAUUUGAGCGAUCUCUAGAGACUAUUGUUGUACCACUUAGUGAUAAGUUAAUAGAAAUUAAAGAAGAAUAUCUAAGGAUUUUAGAACACUAUGCAAGAACAUUGAAACAAAACAAAGUGAUUCAAGGUAAUUGCGAAUCAUUAACUAAAGGCAGAGUUUUUAUGUUGAUGAAAGACUUCCAGGCUAAAAGAACUGCAAGUUCUUCAAAUUAUGGCGAAAUUAUGAGGUGUCUAAAUAUCUGCGUUACUUUAUAUCACGCCUAUGAGCUGCUUAUUAGACACGGUCUUAGAAAUUUUCUUGCCUUUUUUGAUGAACAUAUUGAAAAGCCGCUACUUAGAGGAAACGUAAUGCUCAGGCGUAUAUUAGAGAAUGUGAGAGAUUUUUUAGGUCCGAUUCCUAGUAUUGAAGUUUUGCCUGAUGGAACUUAUCCAGACAUUCCAAAAAAUAUAAAAUUCGGCCAUCCAAAACACUAUAAAUUACGCGAAGUCCUUACUGCUCAUUUUUCAAAAGAAGACAAACAAAAUACCCGUGCCAUAGUUUUCUUUGAAUAUAGAGAAUCUGCUAUGGAGGCUCAUAUACUUUUGCUACAAGCCCGUCCUCUUGUCAAACCAAAAAUAUUUUUGGGCCAAGGAUCAGGGAUAACGCAAAAAACGCAGUUGGGGGUUGUUAAAGCUUUCAGAGAAGGUAAAUGCAAUACUCUCUUAUCAACUUGUAUAGGCGAAGAAGGUUUAGAUGUAGGAGAAGUAGAUCUGAUUGUCUGCUUUGAUAUUUCAACAAAAUCGCCUAUCAGGAUGGUACAAAGAAUGGGAAGAACUGGAAGAAAACGCGAAGGAAGCGUAUACAUUUUAGUCACAGAAGGCAAAGAACAGCAAACACUGAAAGACUGUCUGAUACAUAAAAAUAACAUUUCUAUGCAUGUACUUGGAUCUGCUCAGAUUAAAAAUGAUCUUUAUCCCUUUAGUCCUCGAUUGGUUCCAUUAACGAUUAAACCUAAAUGUGAGAAAAUGUUUAUAGUCGUUAAGGAAAAGCCAAAGAAAAAUUCUAUUAAGAAUAUGCUGCGUAGUUCAGGUUCACGAAUAGUAUUUAGCCAAAGUAAUGAAGUGAUGAAUUUUCAAGACAAAAUUCCUGAACCAAAAAUGAUAUCGUUAUCAGAUAAUCCAAUGGUGAAACAUGAAAAUUCCACUUUUUUCGAAAAGCACAUUGAAAAAAUGAGGACUGCUACUAAAACGUAUUUAGUUGGCCAUUCGGAUGACACAAAUAUACUCAAUGACUUAUUAGGUUUUGCGGAUUCGAAAAGGUUCAAUAUUCCUACUAAAAUAAAAGGUAGUUUAACUGGUCCCAAUGGAAAACCUUUAAAGCAAGGCGACAUUAGAAAUAUGUUUUUCAAGGGAAGUCAAUCUACUCAGCCUGCAACUGAAGAAGGUUCGGACGUAAUCAGCUCAUUCACCCCAUUAUCAAGUGAAGUUUUGACCAACAAAAAUUCAGAUCCAUCAUCGGAAAUGUUUAAAAUCCUAUCGAACUACUUAGAGUCGGAACUAAUGAAUGCCCCAUCAAAAUGCCGUUUUUGCCAGGACUUUGACUGUCAAGAAUUCGUAAUUGAUAACGAUCAAUUACGUACAAAUAAUAACAAUAAUUUUAUUCCAAAUGAAAUUAUUUUAAAUGACAUUGUCCUCAACGACAUUGAAGAUUAUAUAGCAACUUUAGAUGGCAGCUAUUAUUUGCAGGAAAAUAUACAAAUUGAAGAUUUUGCAGAUGAGUUUCAAGAUGAUUUCAAUGAUUCAAAGCAAUAUUCGUUUGAAGCACCUACAAGCUAUAUGAAAUUAAUGGACACAUUCCGUGAUUACACACAAGAGGAUUAUGAAUAUAAGAUGUCAGAUAAAGAAAUAUUGGAAUUCUUCAAAUUAAAAUCUAUAGCCGAUUUAGGUGAUGUGACUAUUGAUUGUUCACAAGAAACCAUUAUUCAGUCAGAUUAUGAAGCAAAUGAGAGUAAAUGUUCACAAAACGAUUUAGUUACUGAUCUAGAUGAUUUUUGUGAUCUUUCUGCUUUUGGUUUAGCACAUGAUCAAAGAAUAACUGAUGAUCAAAGUGAUGUUUCAAAAACUGAGAAGAUUACUGAAGAUUUAAGCGAUUUUUGUGAUAUGUCUUUUUUUAAAGUGCCCACUAACAACAUUACUGAAAAUCCUGGUAAAAUUACUAAAAAUGCAAGUCAGUUUUGUGAUAUUCCAGAUACUAAAGCGCCUUCUGGAAAAGUCAAUGAAAAACCUGAUAAGAUGAUUGAAGAUCUGAGUGAUUUUUGUGAUAUGUCAUUUUUUAAAGUGCCCACUGAUAACAUAACUGAAAAUCCUGAAACUCCAAGUCAGUUUAAUGGUAUUCCAGAUACUAAAGAAAAAAUCACUAAAAAACCUAAUAAGAUGAUUGAAGUUCUGAGCGAUUUUUGUGAUAUGUCAUUUUUUAAAGUGGCCACUGAUAACAUAACCGAACAUCCUGAAACUCCAAGUCAGUUUUGUGAUAUUCCAGAUACUGAAGCGCCUUCUGACAAAAUAACUGAAAACCCCGAUAGGACUAUUGAAGAUCUGAGCGAUUUUUGCGACAUAUCAUAUUUUAAAGUGCCUACUGAAAAAGUAACCAAAAGUCCUGAUAAAGUUACUGAAGAUCUAAGUGAUAUCUCAAAUAUUAAAGUUCCUUCGAAGACAAUAACUACAGAUUCUGAUAAGAUAACUGAAGACCUUAACGAUUUCUGCGAUAUAUCAUAUUUUAUCAAAGAACCUACUGAAAAAAACAAUGAAAAUCCUGCAGAUAUCGAAGCGCAUUCUGAAAAAAUAACUCAACGUCUUGAUUCUGAUACUAUUGAAGAUCUAAGUGAUUUUUGUGAUAUAUCAUCAUUUGGUUUAAAAACUCAUUUCACAGAACCUACAGCCAAAUUAGACAAAUCCUGUAUGACACAGCUAAAUCCAAUCAAAGAGCAAUCUGACCAAACAAAAGUAACAAUUACACAAAAGUUAAAUUAUAUUGAUCAAGCAAAAAACGAAACAGAAAAAUCUUCAACAAAUAAUAAACAAAAUGGUUUAGAUAUUUCUGAUGAUGAAACGAGUGUAUUUGAAUUAAAUGUACCUAAACAAAUUGAAUUGAGUGAUAAUGAAAUAAUAUGCCCCAGUGAUGAUGAUGAAAUUAAAUUAUCUUCAGUAAAGAAGAAAAAUAAUUUAAAACUUAAUUUAAAUAAAAGUAUAUUUGGCAAAAAGUCAACUCAAGAAAGACUCAAGUUAAAUAAUACUGAUGAAUCAAUUCUCAUCAGUGAUGAUGAUAAAACUCCUCAACAAACCAGUUCGCACAAGAAACAAAAAUUCAACUCCAAUACUAAAAUUAAAGAAAAAGGUAGGAAAAUUCUUCAAGAAAAAUCUCAAAAGGGUUUCAGCAGACACAGUAGUUCAAGUGGUGAUGACUUUGUGGAUCCUAAUCAAACCAUUAGAAAAAACAUUGGUGAAUAUAAACCUAAGAACAACAGGAUAACUUGGUUGAAAAAAACGUCACCAACAGUAAAAGUACAUGAACAAAGGAGGAAAAAUAUCAACUGUUUAAAGUCAAAGUCAAAAAAGAAACAAAAUGAUUUCUUGGAUCUAGAAGCACAAGUAUCGGAUGACGAAACUGUUAUAUCUGAAGACGAGGAUGAAUCUAUGCUUGAUACUUAUGAUACAAGUUUUGUCCAUGAUGAGACUGAAAACUUUAAUAAUACUCAAAUGCAAGGAGUUUAUAUGCGUUCAAUAUUGAGUCCUCGUCGCCAAAAUAUUCAACGUCCAAGACAAUAUGUAGCUAAUGUAUAUUCACAAAUUCCUGAUUUGGAAGAAGAAAAUACUUAUCUUGAGGAUUCCUUUGUUAUUGAUACAGAUAAUGAAGAAAAUGCUACACAAAUUAAUGAACUAUCGGAACUGGAUAUUUUGGAAGGAAAAUUAGAAGAAAGGAAACGUAAAAAGAGUUCAACAUCAUCUUCAGGAACUUCUAAACGACGGAGGAUUAUAUGUAUGUCUAGUAGCGAUGAUGAUUAAAUUAUCAAGCCAGAUUUUGUUGUUAUAAAAUAAUAUUGAUUAAAGGUAUUAAAAAAACAAACAAAUUGAAUUAUUAAUUAAGAAUGAACCUAUAUUAAAACCAUUUUUUACAAAUAAGGUUCAGGAAAUUCAAAAGUAACUUCCCUUCCUGUUAACUUUUUGUAAACAGAUGCAAAGGUGUCCACCUUAUGUUCAAUCGUCGUUUGUUGAUUUUUGUCCAAGUGAACUUUAAUUAAGGAAGACCCGUCAAGUUUGACACGAAUUCUUUUACCCACGAUUUCAGCUGGGUAAACUAGAUCUUCCAAAAUAGCGUCGUAGACUGCGGUCAAAGUUCUAGAACGAGGACGCUUUUGCUUGUUCUUCAUUCUGGUCUUACGGGUUGGCUUGGGAAGGAUUUUACGUUCUCCGACAAAGACGACAUGUUUGCCGCUGAACUUCUUCUCCAAUUCCCUCACCAAUCUGGUUUGGACCUUUUGGAACUGCUUGAUUUUGGGGAUUGGGACGUAGAUAAUGAUGGACUGG